CCACAAAAAGAUCGAAAUUCGAAUAUACGUAACCCGCGAAAAUUCAAAAUUCGCGAUACUUUUUGAACACACCUCGUAGUUUACCCCACUAAAGAAAGUAUGGUUUUCGUUAUACAUCAGCAGUUUGGACACAACAGAUGCUCGAAAAUAGUCAUGAAUAUUACGGAGUGCUACAAAUGCUACAGAGUACUACAGAAUACUACGGCAUGCUAUGGAGUGCUACGAAUUUUACGGAGUUAAACGUUAUAACUUGGAAAAGUUUUGCAGGUAAAAGAGAACAGAAUACUGUACAAAAAUGAAUGGCUGCGAACGUUUCAUAAAAUAUCUUCUGUUCGCCAUAAAUCUCGUCAUCCUCAUUGUCGGAACUAGCAUAACUAUUAUAACUAUUGUAAUCGUGUGGGGUGUAGUUGGCAAGUCUUCAUGGAUAGGAGAAAUGGGAAACGAUCAGUUAGCUGUUGCGUUUAUCGUCCUACUGAUGAUCGGAAUCAUCAUGAUAUCUAUCGCCAUCUUUGGAAUCGUUGCUGCCUUACGGAAAAUUAAGAGUAUGCUCCUGAUAUACGUUAUAUUCGUAUUUCUAUUGUUAGUGAUUGUAAUCGGCGGUGUCCAGCAGUACAAUUCCUACAAAAAAGUAAUAAAGUUUUUCAAAAUAAUAAUGGAAAAUUCGCUGCAAUUUUACUAUGAUAAGAAAUUUAUUCGCAGUUUCUGGAACAUCACGCAGUCAAUGUACCACUGUUGUGGAAUUGAUAGCUGGGAGGACUGGAAAGCACAUGGUCUUACAGUACCAGACAGCUGUUGUAAACUAGACCAGCAAUCAAACUGCAACGCUGAAUGGCACAUCAAAAUUCUUUCCAAAGUUUAUGCGAGCGGUUGCAUAAACGAACUACAAAGCUCAUUACAGCAGUUUACAAAUGUUAUGAAUGGUAUUACUUCUAUAUUUACAUGUAUCAUGGUUUUGGGAAUGGUAUUCUCUUUUACGCUCUACACGAGGAUCAAAAAACAAGAUACCAAAAUAUAGUGUAAAACUGUUCCUAAUAAAAAGGAUCGAGAAAGUAGUGAGUUCUCCGAAAUCUGUAAAGGAUUCGUGCUCUUUACGAAUUAAUAAAGUUACGCUAUAAACACGUUUGCUCACAUCAUAAUAAUCAAAAAAAAAGAAAACGGAUUUCGUAACGGAUAAUGUAAUUUAUAUGUUUAACAUAUUUUUAUUUAAUUGCAUAUUAUAUUAUUUCUAAGAAACCUAAAUACUAUUAAUUACUAAAACCUAAAUACUAUUAAUCACAGAAUUUAUCAUUUAACGUCCAAAAGCAGACACUUAAUUAAUGCCUUAAAAUUGUUUUCUAACUAAAAAUAUGUUACCUAGAACUAGUCAUGUGUCAUAAAAUUUUCUCCAAAAUUCCUUUCUUAAUAUAAACUACAAAAAUGCAUAUUUUCCUAAAAUAUUAUUUUAUAAUAAAAUAAUGUUGUAAUAUAUAUUUACUUAUGAGUUGCAAUUUUUACGACAAAUUUUUGUAUGUCAGACCAAAUGUAUCCAAACAGAACAGAGAGUCAUCACAACGUCAAAAUAACGUCAAAGUAACUGUAAAAUGACUGUUGAAUGUAAAAUGAAAGUAAUUUUUUGUUCAAUUACUUUGAUGUUAUUUUGACAUUAUUGUGGCUCGGUGUUUUGCUUGGGCAUACUUCUAAAUCUAAAUAGUUAACCAGCAAGAAUAACUUGGUACUUCGAGAACGAAAGACUUAUUACAAUUCUUCGAAAAGAUAUCAUCCGAUAUACUCUACAGAAAGAUCAAACGACAACACGAGAACAAAAAAAAUCAAACAACAACAGAAAAACAGAUCAGAAUCUGAGGAUCUUAAUAAAAAAAACUGAAAAAGUA